GCAACUGGCGGAAGUGACGACAUCAAAUGUGCGUCAGGCUCCGGUGGGGUCGAGUCCGGUAGCGGUGGCGGGUACUUGCUGGCGGUUUGGCUAGGCUUCUGCGGUCGCGUCAUUUUCUCCGCAGUGCCCAGGUGUGAGAUGACCUCUGCAUAGCAUGCUACAAAUUUGCGUCUUAUAUAAUCAACCGCUUCGGUAAACUCAUUUGACAAAGUGAUCGGGAUAAAUCUCUGGCGAUACUUUGGACGUUAAAUCCAGCCUUUAUUAUCUUUGGGCUCGACUAAAGCAGAAACCCCUGAAAUUGAAUUUUCAGUCUUCAGUUUUCUCAGAUUUCUCUGCUCUUGACAAAGGAGACCUGUGUUAAUUUGCUCCUGCUUUGUGGAAGAUCUGGCCUCUCAAAAGGCAUCACUGUUUUAUGGUGUGUGAAGAUAACCCAGAAAAUAAAAGAAGUUUCUAAGGAGAAUUUGCAGAGGAUGCUCUAGAUAAAAUCCAAGUACUGAAGAAAGUGAGAAUCAUGGACCAGAACAACAGCCUCCCACCUUAUGCUCAGGGCUUGGCCUCCCCACAGGGUGCCAUGACUCCUGGAAUUCCCAUCUUUAGUCCAAUGAUGCCUUAUGGCACAGGACUUACUCCACAGCCUAUUCAGAACACCAAUAGUCUGUCCAUUUUGGAAGAGCAACAGAGACAGCAGCAGCAACAGCAGCAGCAACAACAGCAGCAGCAGCAGGCAGUAGCAACUGCAGCAGCCUCAGUACAGCAAUCAACAUCUCAGCAGUCCACACAGGGUGCCUCAGGCCAGACACCACAGCUCUUCCAUUCUCAGACUCUGACCACUGCACCCUUGCCAGGCACCACUCCCUUGUACCCUUCACCAAUGACCCCUAUGACCCCUAUCACUCCUGCCACACCAGCCUCUGAGAGCUCUGGGAUCGUACCACAGCUACAAAACAUUGUAUCCACGGUGAAUCUUGGAUGUAAACUUGACCUAAAGACCAUUGCACUUCGUGCCCGAAAUGCUGAAUAUAAUCCCAAGCGGUUUGCUGCUGUCAUCAUGAGAAUAAGAGAGCCACGGACAACUGCAUUGAUUUUCAGUUCUGGAAAAAUGGUGUGCACAGGAGCCAAGAGUGAAGAACAAUCCAGACUAGCAGCAAGAAAAUACGCUAGAGUUGUGCAGAAGUUGGGCUUUCCAGCUAAGUUCUUAGACUUCAAGAUCCAAAACAUGGUGGGGAGCUGUGAUGUGAAGUUCCCCAUAAGGCUGGAAGGCCUUGUGCUGACCCACCAGCAGUUCAGUAGCUAUGAGCCAGAAUUAUUUCCUGGAUUAAUCUACAGAAUGAUCAAACCCAGAAUUGUUCUCCUUAUUUUUGUUUCUGGAAAAGUUGUAUUAACAGGUGCUAAAGUUAGAGCAGAAAUUUAUGAAGCAUUUGAAAACAUCUACCCCAUCUUAAAGGGAUUCAGGAAGACCACAUAGUGGCUGCCAUGUACCCCGCCUCCCCUACCCACUUGUUUUUUAAAACCAGUCAGUUUUGGUACCACUGAUGGUACAGUUGUGAGAAGAAGGACACUCUUCACAGGUGGCAGUGAAGUGACAUGUGUGUCCUGCUGCAGGAUACUGGAAAGGUUCCCUCCUCUGCACUGAGAUCACCUGCAGCAUCACUGUGAGUCGCUUGCUCUGUGCUGCUAUCUGGGCAGCACUGCCCACUUAUUUAUAUUAGAUUUUAAACACUGCUGUUGAUGAGUUUGUUGGUUUAAGGGACAGAACUUUAAGUGUUAAAGCCACCUGUACAAUUGGACUUUUUAUUUUAACUUUUCCCACAUAAGCCAGUUUUUAUAUUUCUACCAGAAAAAGUAAAAAUCUUUUUUUAAAA